CUUUAAUUCUGUAAGUUCUGGCCACUAAAGCAGCCGUGUGAAGGAUUUGGUGGCAUCUAGUGGUGAAGCUGCAGGUUGCAGCCACCUGAACAUCAGCUCAGCUCCUCCAGAUGUGGAGCUGAAUCUACGGAGGCCUUCAGGUAACUUCAUCAUGUAGGAGUCCCUCUGGAGCCAGUGGCUGUGGACUCCAUCUUUAAUCCAGAGCGCUGCCAGGGGCUGCGUUGCAUUUCCACACUUUAUGGAGAUAAGUCGGACUCAGCAGCGUGCAAGCCCAGCAGAUCUGGCUCCAGGAGCAGGGAGCUCCUCCAACAGACAUCUGCUGCAGGACGGGAGAGCCACAGCCGAGCAGAGCCGCCGAGGAGACGAGAUGCUGACUCAGCUGUUUCUGGGAUGGACUGCCUUGCUCAGCGGCCUGCAGCCGGCUGCUGCCUCCAUCACCACCAGACUCCUCUCUAACAGAAGGUUGUCCUCUCUGAGGUGUUCAGUCUUCAUCCCUCCUCCUCCUCCUCCUCCUGUGUUUCCUACAGUCAAACGGCAAGCAGAGCUGAUGGUUGAUAUAACUGAACUCAUCACAGGACUGAAAGGAGAAAAGGGCUGCAGAGGACCGAGAGGACCCAGGGGCCCACCAGGUGUGACGGGUCCAGCGGCAGAACCUGGAGCCCAGGGACCCCUGGGACAGCUGGGUCCAAAGGGGGAGAAGGGGGACCGAGGCUGGAGGGGACUGUACGGGGACAUCGGGACUCCUGGGAUGAUAAAGGGCAGUAAAGGACGGAAAGGCUUCAGGGGAGAAAAAGGAGUGAAAGGAACCAGAGGAGCUCGGGGAGAGACGGGCGACCCGGGUCAGUGGGGGGACGCGGGUCAGAGAGGAGAACCAGGACCCAGAGGAGAGCCUGGAUCCAGAGGAGGCCUGGGGUUUAAAGGAUCUCAAGGACUUGCUGGAAAGCCGGGUCACUCUGGACCUGCAGGACUGUCGGGUCAGACCGGAGAUCCUGGACUCCCCGGACAAGUCUACGUCCUCCCAGGUCUGCAGGGAGACUCCGGAGAGCCGGGUCCUGUCGCCACAUGCAACUGCUCAAAGGUUCAAACCCCAAAACCCCUGAAGGACAGAGUCCAGACGAUCUUUGUUGCAGAUGGAGAGCGACAGAUGCGGAGGCUGCGGGGCGAGAACGUGAUGGUGCUGCGGACCGACAAGAAAGCUCUCUACAUCUACUCCCAGUCCCAGUGGAUCAACGUGCUGGUGACUCCUCCUGCACCACAGACACCACACCUCACUGUCCGCUUUUAA